CUGCGCAGUAUGGAACGCUUCAAGUACAUCCCGAUCGUGAUGGUUGCCCCUGCGAUCUCAGUCAGCUUCAAGACUGCGCUGGAGAACGGCAUAGCCAGCUACAUGACCAUGCCAUGCUUACCUAUCGACCUGGGCAACGCCCUGAUACCUGCCCUGGAGGGCCGCGCGGCACCGAUUUCUGCGGACCACUCACGCACGUUCGAUAUCUUACUGGCUGAAGACAAUGCCGUGAACCAAAAGCUGGCCGUCAAGAUCUUAGCCAAGCACAAUCAUAAGGUGACGGUUGCGAACAACGGUCUCGAAGCCUUCGAAUCAAUUAAGAAGAAGCGCUUCGAUGUUGUGCUCAUGGACGUGCAAAUGCCGGUGAUGGGUGGCUUCGAGGCCACAGCCAAGAUCCGAGAGUAUGAGCAACAGCAUGACCUAGCUCGGUCGCCAAUCAUUGCACUCACCGCCCACGCGAUGCUUGGAGAUCGCGAAAAGUGCAUACAAGCUCAAAUGGACGAAUAUCUUUCAAAGCCACUGAAGCCGAAUCAGCUCGUUCAGACGAUCCUGAAAGUUGCUACAUUAGGCGGAGCACUACUGGAGCGGCGGAGUGAUGGGCGCUUGGGCUUGGCAGAAGAGCUCGAGCGGGACGAUGCAUCAGACGGCAGCCGGCUGAACACGCCUAAAUGA